CCAUGGCAUGAUGGCUCAGACUCGCGAUUUUUUGGAAGACUCCCCAUGUUGCUGCUUCCUGUACUGAAACACCGAAUUCCGUCUCCGCAGUCUGCAUCAAGCUUCACACCCCGGCUCCAUACAGGGGAAGGUCUACAAGUGUACCCCUUUAACCUUCGAACGCUAACAAUCCUCGGUCAGUGACCAGACAGUCCUGUCAACCACAGCCGUUGUCCUUGUGGCGAGGGCCGCUCUGAUUUGAGGAACGCAGCACACGAUUUCCGUAGGGGAGGUGGUGCUAGCUGGACAAGAAGCGAAAGGAACAGUAAUGUGUACAAAUCUAGUGUACUAUUAUAGCUAGUUGGUUUUUUUAAAUAUACCUUACUCGUUAGAUAUCUAAAAUAGUCAAAUGCACCUGACCUGAUGGUGACGUGCAUGUGUGAUUGUCCUUACAAACAUCUGUCUGUCAUGCUCGCAAAGUAACUAGCUGGCUAAGCCACUAACAGCCAGCAACAUUUACCCCUGUUGCUGUUUUAGAACAACUUUGAAUUAUCAGUUCCUUGUACUGAUUUGCUUCGGAAAGUCGUCCAGGGCACUGUAAAAUAUUUCGAUAUGGCUCCGAAGAGAAGACCCGUUCCCCUAAAUAUCACGCCCAUUGGAGAGGGGCAGUCCAUCUCCACAACCAUCGAUGCUGCGUCUGAAGCUAAUCUGGAGGCCUUACAAAAGAAGCUAGGAGAGCUAGAUUUGGAUGAACAGCAGAGGAAACGUCUGGAGGCUUUCCUCACCCAGAAAGCCCAAGUGGGCGAGCUGAAAGAUGAUGAUUUCCACCCCAUAUGUGAGCUGGGCGCUGGCAACGGUGGAGUGGUCAACAAGGUCCGCCACAAACCCUCCAGACUGGUCAUGGCCCGAAAGCUCAUCCACCUGGAGAUUAAGCCUGCCAUCAGGAACCAGAUCAUCAGAGAGCUGCAGGUGCUGCAUGAGUGCAACUCUCCCUACAUCGUGGGCUUCUACGGGGCCUUCUACAGCGACGGAGAGAUCAGUAUCUGCAUGGAGCACAUGGAUGGAGGCUCUCUGGAUCAGGUGCUGAAGGAAGCCAGGAGAAUCCCUGAGGAGAUCUUGGGCAAAGUCAGCAUAGCAGUACUCCGAGGACUUGCCUAUCUGCGGGAGAAGCACCAGAUCAUGCACAGAGACGUCAAGCCCUCCAACAUCCUGGUGAACUCGCGCGGGGAGAUCAAGCUGUGUGACUUCGGCGUGAGUGGCCAACUCAUCGACUCCAUGGCCAACUCCUUCGUGGGAACGCGCUCCUACAUGUCGCCGGAGAGACUGCAGGGCACACACUACUCUGUGCAGUCGGACGUGUGGAGCAUGGGCCUGUCCCUGGUGGAGCUGGCCAUCGGCCGUUACCCCAUCCCCCCGCCUGAUGCCAAGGAGCUGGAGGCCAUCUUUGGCUGUCCCGUACAGGACGGAGCCGAGGGGGAACCACACACCAUCUCCAACCGCCUCCCCAGACCACCAGGAGGGCGACCAGUCAGCGGACAUGGGAUGGACAGUCGACCAGCCAUGGCGAUAUUUGAGCUGCUGGACUACAUUGUCAAUGAGCCUCCUCCCAGGCUGCCACUUGGUGUCUUCACCAACGAUUUCAACGAGUUUGUGACUAAAUGUCUGAUCAAGAAUCCAGCAGAGCGAGCUGACCUGAAGAUGCUGAUGAACCACACGUUUAUCAAGCGUGCUGAGGUGGAGGAGGUGGACUUUGCUGGCUGGAUGUGUAAAACCAUGGGCCUCCACCAACCCAGCACCCCCACCCGUGGCACUGAAUGAGGAACCCAACGCCAGCUGCUUCCCACAUGAGGAUCCCCAGUGCCUCACUGUGUCUCUCGCGCGCACACACACACACACACUUUGGUACCCCUUUCGUCUUGCGCUUAAGAGGUUUCAGCUCUUAAGUAUACUUAUCAUCAACAGGGCCCAUUUACUCAUUGUAUGACCACAGGUUUCCCAUACCAGUGUCGUGGUAGUCACACACAUGCUAUUUUCUCCUAUCAUAUUAAAGAUGAGGUACAAAGCAUGGAAGGACUGCCAGUUUAUCAUUUCAUGAAUUGCCAUUGAUAUCAUCUUACCACUUGUAUUGGUAAAUUAUGUUCAUGGUUUGUGCAACAGCAUAUUGGUGUAGGCUGUAGAGGAGCUAUCUUUGACAAUGAGUGUCCAUGACAGAAAUCAAGUUAAGCGCUUUGAAGGUACAGGAGGACUGCAAACCAAAAAAGGUUCUCAUCAUGACUAGUAAUGUUUUGGAUAUCAUGCCUGAUCAAAGUACUUAGUUUUGUACAUUCAUGACCAGUACAUUUUUUGAGAGGAUACUUUCAAUGUUGACAUUUUUAUUUGAUUUUAAUGGUCAUUAAACACUGUAAAAUGAACAUCAAAUGUGCUCAUUUUACAAAAUGGGAUGAUUUACUAUCUUAUAUUUUCCAGACACCCGAGGUCAUUAUUUUGUUUUUACUUGUAUUUGUAUCAACUGCCUGAAACUCAUUUGUCAAGUUAGAAUCUCUCAAACCGUGACUACAGAUUCUCUGAAAGUUUCCGAUUUUUGCCAGUCUACUCAAUUUAUUCCCCAGAGUGUUUUUCGGUUCUGCUCCACUGUUUUGCUUUGCGUGAGUAAGUGUAACCUACACUCCAAGCGUUCUCUUUGUGAAGCCCCAGCGUGGUGACUGGCUUUGUGCAGGCGGGUGGGUGGUGGUUGUAACAUGUAUUAGCCUGUCGUCUAUAAGAGCCCAUGUACUGUAUGUAUUCUCUGCUUCUGGCUGAUUUUUAUCAUUCUCAACAGACUUGCAUUUGUUGGUAACAAAGUGGAUGCAUUGUCGCCUGUAUGUGUAUAAAGCUAUAAAAACAGUACGCAAGUACUAUUUAGCAGUCUUAAGAAACAAGAUGUUUUUGACUCGUAUAGGGGGAAGUGGAAGAGAUGUCAUUUUAUUUUAAAAUGUGUUGGAUACGGUUGUAAUGUAAAAAUAAAACUUUGAAUGUA